AUGCCUCACGCUCGUCAUGGGUUUUGUAAUUACCACAUAAAGGGUAACAUGCGUUCGCAAUUCAAAAAAACUAAACAUAUUGAAGGUCUAUUUUGGAGGGCUGCUAAGGCAUAUCGUCUCACGAACUUUCAAGCUGCUAUGAGUAGAAUUGCUAGAGUCAAUCCCGCCGCAGCAGCUUAUUUGACUGACAUUGGGUAUGACAGAUGGGCACGUGCCCACUUUGGAGGAUGGCGGUAUAAUAUUAUGACGACCAAUAUUGCUGAGUCUUUCAAUGCUUUGACACGGACUGCUUGCGCUUUGCCUAUCACUAUAUUGGUAGAGUUUCUUCGAAGCACGUUGCAACAUUGGUUUUUCAAUAGACGAAACAUGGCUGGUGAGAGAUCUCACCCGUUAACACCAUGGGCUGAAGACAAGCUUGCUCGACAUGUGUUCAAAUCUGCCAACAUGGUUGUUAAACCAAUCAACAUGCAACAAUAUGAAGUUCAUGAUUCAUGA